GUGUAGUUUGAUGAUUCAAAAGUCCUUGUACACAAGAGGAGUGAAUCACAGCAGAGAUGAUGUCAGCUCCUAUAUUUUUGCUAUUGUACAUCAUUGUCUCUCCAGUGACUCCCACCUUUACUACAGAGUCCACCAGUUCCAAUGAGAUCACCACAGUUACACAACCCACCAGUCCACCCUCCAGUGGAACUGCUCUCUCUAACAUACCUUCAUUAACUCCCACCUUUACUGCACAGUUCAACAGUUCGAGCGAGACCACCACAGUUCCACAACGUUACAGUCCACCCUCCAGUGGAACUACUCUCUCUAACAUAGCUUCAUUGAUACCCAACAUUACUGCACAGUCCACCAGUUCGGAUGAGACCACCACCACGAUACAACCCACCAGUUCAGCCUCCAGUGGAACUGCUCUCUCUAACACACCUUCAUUGAUUCCCACCUUUACAACACAGUCCACCAGUUCCAACGAGGCCACUACAGUGACACAACGCUACAGUUCACCAUCCAGUGGAACUACUCUCUCUAACAUAGCUUCAUUGACACUCAAUGUUACUGCACAGUCCACCAGUUUGACCGAGACCACUACUGUGACACAACCCACCAGUUCAGCAUCCAGUGGAAAUACUCUCUCUAACACAUCUUCAUUGAUGCCCAGCUUUACUACACAGUCCAUCAGUCUAAACAAGACCACCACAGCCAUGCAACCCACCAGUUCAGCCUCCAGUGGAGUGACACUCAACUUUACUGCACUUUCCACCAGUUCAAAUGAGGCCACCACUGUGAUACAACCCACCAGUUUACCCUCCAGUGGAAAUACUCUGUCUAACACAUCUUCAUUGACUCCCAACUUUACUACACAGCCCACCAACUCCAGCGAGACCACCACACAACCCACCAGUUCACCCUCCAAUGGAACUCCACUCUCUAAAACACCUACAUUGACACUCAACUUUACUGCACUUUCCACCAGUUCAAAUGAGGCCACCACCGUGAUACAACCCACCAGUUUACCCUCCAGUGGAAAUACUUUCUCUAACACAUCUUCAUUGACUCCCAACUUUACUACACAGCCCACCAAUUCCAGCGAGACCACCACACAACCCACCAGUUCACCCUCCAAUGGAACUCCACUCUCUAAAACACCUACAUUGACACUCAACUUUACUGCACUUUCCACCAGUUCAAAUGAGGCCACCACCGUGAUACAACCCACCAGUUUACCCUCCAGUGGAACUACUUUCUCUAACACAUCUUCAUUGACUCCCAACUUUACUACACAGCCCACCAAUUCCAGCGAGACCACCACACAACCCACCAGUUCACCCUCCAAUGGAACUCCACUCUCUAAAACACCUACAUUGACACUCAAUGUUACUACACAGUCCAACAGUUCGAACGAGACCACCACUGUGACAAAACCCACCAGUUCAGCCUCCAGUGGACCUGCUCUCCCUAACACACCUUCAUUGACUCCCAACUUUACUACACAGUCCACCAAUUCCAGUGAGACCACCACAGUCACACAACCCACCAGUUCACCCUCCAGUGAAACUACUCUCUCUAAAACACCUACAUUGACUCCCACCUUUACUGCACAGACCAACAGUUCCAGCGUGACCACCACAGUUCCACAACGCUACAGUUCACCCACCAGUGGAACUACUCUCUCUAACAUAGCUUCAUUGACUCCCACCUUUACUACACAAUCCACCAGUUCCAGCAAGACCACCACUGUUACACAACCCACCAGUUCAGCCUCCAGUGGAACUCCUCUCUCUAACAUAGAUUCAUUGACUCCCACCUUUACUACACAGCCCACCAGUUCCAGCAAGACCACCACAGUUUCACAACGUUACAGUUCAACCGCAAGUGGAAAUGCUCUCUCUAGCAUAGCUUCAUUGACUCCCACCUUUACUACACAGCCCACCAGUUCCAGCAAGACCACCACAGUUUCACAACGUUACAGUUCAACCGCAAGUGGAAAUGCUCUCUCUAGCAUAGCUUCAUUGACUCCCACCUUUACUACACAGUCCAACAGUUCCAGCAAGACCACCACUGUUACACAACCCACCAGUUCAGCCUCCAGUGGAACUACUGUCUCUAACACACCUUCAUAUAAUUUGGCCUACAUUCCUGAACAUAAAACGUGGAUUGCAGCACUACAAUACUGUCAGAAUCAUCACAAGACUUUAGUGCACAUCAUAAACUCUACAGUGCAGGAAUUCGUCACACAGAUGCUGCAGAAUGAUAUCUAUCCAAAUGGCGUGUGGAUUGGGCUUGAGAGGAACAUGCUCUUCACGUGUGCCCCAUGGAUGUGGACUGGUGGACCCUACGUGAACUAUUCUAAAUGGAAUUCUAGCUUUCCAGUGGACCCCACCAGUCAAUACUGUGGCAAACUGGUUGGCAAUGAAAGCAAAUGGCUGGAUGCUUGUUGCAGUGAGGAGCUCCCUUUCAUCUGUCAGGAUUAGAUCACUAGGAGGAGCUACUUCACAGGAAAAAGGUCUUUAGUGAAACAUUGAAUUAAUGUUGGAUCUUCAUAUUAAAGUGAUCAAGAAUCCAGCUGGAGUGCAGAAGUAGCUCUGCUGUCUGACCUAAACAGCUGUUAUGAAGUGUUUAUUACACCUGAUUCUGAUGAUCUUCAUGUUGAAUCUGCAGAAAUAAAAUACAGCUACAGCCAAAUUUUCACUUAGAAACUCCAUUAUCACUCAUACAGAAAUACAACACUAAACAUUAAUUAAUUAUUUAACACUCAAAUUCCUACAACUUAUAUCUUUCAACUACUUUUUAAAAAAUAUAAACCUCUUUGAUAUUUAAGUUUGAAGUGCACAUUGUUUUCUUUUUUAACUUGUUUUAUUCAAAGUCAAGUUUUCAAAUUAUUCUAUUCAAUAAUUCUGUACAUGUAUUUCCGUCCACGUUAAAGAGUUUUUAUCUGUCUACUAUUGAUUUUUGGAAUAUAACUAAAUGGGAGUGUUGGGGUUCAUGUGAAGGACUGUUAAACAAAAUGAAAACUCUGGAAUGUAUAUACUUUUUACUUUGAACUAAAAUUACCCAAAUAUAAAACA